AUGGCAGUAGAUUUUGUGAAAAUAAAAAGAUUGGGAAUGCCUUAUCUGAUACAUGACAACCGCAACUCCCAUGUUCUCUCCAUCACAGAACAGUCACUGGCUGGUCUCCGACCCAUAAUGCAUGUUGGAAAAACUGGUCAGAUGGUUGAUUUGGAGAUUGGAGUGGCCCAUAAUAAAUGGAAUGUUCAGGGGGCGUCAAAGGUAAGAUUUUUGAGACGUUUUAAUUUUCAAGUCAACCAAAAUAUAGGAGGUGAGGAAAGAAAAACCGGACAAGAAAGCCAGUACCCAAAAAAACCUAACAAGUCAAAGCCAAAGGCAGACAAUAACAAAAACAAGAGCAGCAAUGGAACCCUGGUCGAGUCCGAGGUUAUUGCUGACCCAUCUUCAAACACUGAAUCAAGAGAACAAGAAAACGGAAACAAGACCAACAAGAAUGUUAAACCCAAUAAGAGGAAACGCAAGGAAAAAGUAGAAGAGAAUGAGGAAGAAGAAGCAAAGAUGUUUACGUUUCCUAUGAAUAGAAUAAAGAGGAUAAUUAAGAGUGAAGAUUCCCGUAUGGCUAUUUCUCAAGAUGUUGUUUUUGUUGUUAAUAAAGCCACGGAAAAAUUCCUCGAACAAUUUUGUGAAGAUGGAUACAAAUGCUCUGUGGAAGAUCGCAAGAAAUCGCUUAGUUACAAGCACCUAUCAAUGGUUGUUUGUGAGCGGAAGAGAUAUGACUUUCUAUCAGAUUAUGUCCCUGAGAAAAUAAAAGCUGAAGAUGCAUUGAAAGAAAAAAAUUUGACUGAGACAGAGGCUGGAUAGGACCUUGGGAUACAUACAAACAGAGAUGAUGAUCGCACUG